UCCAGAGGUGAAAUCUGUUUCUCACACGAUAUAUGCGUGAUGUAUAAUUUUAUCGUUAAUAUAUUGCUCACAGAAUAAGCAAGGAUGAAAUGAUACAACAUGCGCGUUAUACAUGAAAGGGAAUGCACCAUCUAGGCGAAAUCACGCGUCCAACUGUCCGUGCUUGCCUGCUGCCGAGUUUUGAGCAGAGCCUAAAAUACAGGUAACUCUCAGGUUUCCCCAGCCUUUUCCUCAAUCAACGGAGCAAUCGGUACGCGGACAGGCAGAUCUUUGGCAGGUCUAGUUACAUAAUGCGAACAUCAUGAACGUAUUGAUACCGAAUUGUUCGAAGAUGGUCGGAGUAGCGUCGUACACCUGCAGAAAUGCGCUGCAUCAGGCCAGGGCUUUGCAUACUGCGGCGGUUCAAAAUGCUGAAGUCAAACUUAAAACCUUCUCGAUUUACCGUUGGAAUCCGGACAAACCCGACGAGAAGCCACAUAUGCAGAAAUAUAAAGUUGAUUUGAAUGCUUGUGGUCCAAUGGUACUGGAUGCACUAAUUAAGAUUAAAAAUGAGGUCGAUCCGACAUUGACAUUCCGUCGUUCCUGCCGUGAAGGCAUCUGUGGAUCCUGUGCUAUGAAUAUCGGAGGAACAAACACACUGGCGUGUAUCAGCAAAAUUGAUAAAAACCCAAGCACGACAUGCGACGUUUAUCCUUUGCCCCAUAUGUACAUCGUCAAAGACUUGGUGCCGGAUUUAAAUAAUUUCUACGAUCAGUACCGCAGUAUACAACCCUGGCUGCAACGCGAGGACACGAAGGACACGGGGAAUCAGCAGUAUCUGCAGAGUGUAGAAGACCGUAAAAAGUUGGAUGGUCUCUACGAAUGCAUUCUCUGUGCCUGCUGCAGCACCUCUUGCCCAUCCUACUGGUGGAACGGUGAUAAGUACUUAGGCCCUGCAGUACUUAUGCAAGCCUAUAGGUGGAUCAUUGAUUCGCGAGAUACUCAAGCAAAGGAGCGUCUGGAAAAAUUAAAGGAUCCAUUUUCAGUUUUUCGUUGUCACACGAUCAUGAAUUGCACGCGUACCUGCCCAAAGGGACUGAAUCCCGGAAAGGCGAUAGCGGAGAUAAAAAAGCUGUUGGCUAAUGUUAGCCAGAAGCCGCAACCGGGUCUCAGCGCGUCGGGAUCUCCAUAGUUAAAGGAAUACCAGGUAGAAUUAAUAAGUUCUAUAUACCUGUCUUAUGUAUUACUACGUGCAGCGAACAUGUAUUCAGCGUGAUACUUCUUAUUACGGCCGGAGAUGCGCGGAUCCACGAAAUAGCAGAUAAAAUGUCCUAGAAAUCGAAAGAUUAGUCAAGCACUACUUGUAAAUAAAAACAGAUUUCCCACACACGGAA